AUGCCCUCAUCAAAAGCACCUAAAUCACAGGCAGAAGAUGCUGUAUCUCCAGAGAAAGUCUUUCCUCGCGAUCCUGAUGCAGAUGUGAUUAUACGCUCGUCGGAUUCCGUCGACUUCCGAGUUCGCAAGACGGUCUUAGCAGAAGUCUCGGCAUUUUUCAAGCAGAUGUUCUCACUGCCGCAAGAAGAUUGCCGAGACACCUUUGUUUUGUCCUCCUCAAAUGACAGUACCGGAGGUGCAGAACUCCCUGUGAUUCCCGUGGCAGAGGACGAGGGCGAACUCUCUCUUUUUCUCAGACUGUGUUACCCAAAUGCGAAUCAUUCGCUCGCGGGAGUCUCAGAAAUCAUGCUUGCACUGAGGGUUCUACGAAAAUACGACGUUCAACGUGUUCCUGAUGCUAUCGGCCUAGCACUCAUGUUGGUUGCCCAGGAAGAUCCCAUUAGGGUAUAUGCCAUAGCAUGCGGCUACAACUUCCCCGCCAUCGCCAACGCCGCCGCCAAAGUGACCCUUAGACGUCCCAUCCUCGCUGGCGCCUCUUUCGUCUCUCCCGAGGUUCUCAACCUUAUGACGGCCUCGCACUUCAAUAAACUUGUUCAGUACCAUGUAUCUGCCAGCAGUGCUGCCUCAAAUGUCGCAACAUCAUGGAAGUGGUUCGAUGAUCCGGAGGACGUUCAUCUUCCUGUCCGUCCAUCCAAAACCUGUACCUGUCCCUGCAUCGAAGUCGACGCUUCCGAAUGGAUUGACGAUGUGAAGAAGUGGAUGAUAGAGUAUCAGAAGGAGAUUUCCAAUGCAUUGAAGGGAACACCGAACUGGGAUGCGGCCACUCGGGAUGGAAAAGCCUUGGCGCAUGCUGCUGGUGCUGCAGGGCGCUCUGGGUGUCUGCAUCAAGACUGCAGCGCGGAGGCCGAGGUGAGGAACCUCUUGCGAUUUCACUCGCAGCUUGGGGACGAGGUGGUUUCGAUCAUUUCCGAUCUCCCAUUGCCAUUCCCGGAGUAUCCGUAGGAGUCGGACAUUCGAGUCAUGUAGCAUGCUCUACAUUAGAUGU